UGUUUUUUUUUAUUUAUAGUAAUUUUCACUUUACUAUCCUAAAGUUUAUCGAGUUUCAACCUUUACUAUAUUAACUUUUUUUCGUCUUUCAUACCUACCGUCACUCUUGUUUUUUAUAAGUAUGUUAACCAUUAAUGUGGCAAUAAAUAUGCCACGUAGACCCACUCAUAUGGUGUCACAUGGUCUGAUAAUAUUAUUCAUUGAAUAAAUAAGAAAAUAUUAUUAUUUCAAUAAAUAAAUUAAUUAAAACUUAAAAUUAAAAUAAAAUAAAAAUCCAUCUCCAAUAGCCUUCAUCUUCUUCCCCAAACCCUAGCACCCCACCAUCUCCUCAUCACCACCCACCCCCACCUUAUCCUAUCAUGACCGCAAACCACCUCCACCCCACCCUUUCAUCGUCGUUGCUCACCCCCACCCUCACCCUCUCCUUACUCUCUUUGCCCCCACCGGCGCCCCCCCCGGGCGCGCGCCCUUGUAACGGACUCUGAAAAGGGAGGGGCAACAUUUAAAAUGCUAAAAGUAUGUGAGGGAAAGGAAAUUCAAGUGCAAGGAGUCCAUGAACCCAUCUACAUUAGUUAAUAGGAAAGAGAGAAACUUUGAAUAAAUAAGAAUGAAAUCUGUUGAAAUAUGCAAAUCAUAUCACAGAUUAUGUGGAGACAAUUGUGAUUUAGUUACCUUGUAUAGGUCUUGAUUAUAGGAUCUUGAUUCCUUGUAAUUACAAUACCUGCCUUGUAUAGCCUAGCCCAGCACUAUAUUAUUGUAUAAUGUAUUCAUCUUUAAUAUAUGAAAAACAGAAGUCUUCUCCUUCAUUAAACGUUGCCUAGCCUCUGUUUCUUUUCAUGGUAUCAGAGCACCAUUCCUGGUGACUCACACACCUUUAACACCUUUCGCAAACACUGAGACAUGGCUGGCGACGAUGAAACACCAAAACCUUCAGGCUUCAAGCCUAACACACAAGAUACAGAGACCAUUGAUGCCUCUGAUCCCUUUUACAUACACCAUGCUGAUCAAACAGGUCUGACCCUUGUCACGCAACUUCUAGAUGGUGACAAUUAUGCAACUUGGAGUCGGGCGAUGUUGAUCAACUUGGAAGCAAAAAACAAACUCGGUUUCGUUGACGGCACAAUCAAGGCACCGCCAACAACUAGCGCCAAAUACCUAUUUUGGAGGAGAUGCAAUAAGUUGAUUAAAUCUUGGAUUCUCAAUUCCAUUAGCCCUUCAUUGGCUAACACUGUAAUUUAUGCCGACACCACCGUUGAGGUUUGGUCAGAUCUCAAAGAGCGAUUUUCUCAAGGGAAUGUGUCUCGUAUUUUUCAGAUCAAGCGAGAAAUUGCUGAGAUGCGACAGCACCAGCAGUCUAUUUAAACAUAUUACAACAUGCUUAAAGGUCUUUGGGAUGAGUUGGGAUCAUAUCUUCUCAUGCUAUCAUGCCAAUGUGAUCCAGCAUGCAAGUGUGGAGUCAUGAAGGAGCUUGCUGACAGAGAGCAACAAGAACAGGCACUCCAAUUUCUUAUGGGCCUAAAUGAUACUUAUUCAGCUGUUCGUACGCAGAUGCUCAUAAUGUCUCCCUUACCUACGGUGCGCAAGGCAUAUGCCAUGCUCCUGCAAGAAGAAAGACAGCGACAAAUAACUGAGAAUAGCACAAUCAGUUCUGUUCAUGCCAUGAACACAUCAAAGAGUACCAACAAACAGCCUCGCAAAGUGCACGACGAUGACAACAAGAAUUUACAUUGCACACACUGUAAUGGAGACACACAUACGGUUGAUCGCUGCUACUACCUUAAUGGUUUCCCAACAUGGCCCAAACUACAUAGAAAGGCAGUCAAGCCACCUAACAAGAACAAGUGUGUGGGCGCCAACAACACCACCCAGGAACCACAAAAGGGAACCGUUACUCAGACUUUGGAUGAUCUGAAAUUCACCCCUCAAGAAGUGAAUCAGAUCAAGUCCUUUUUACGAGGUGAUGGUAGAAUUCAAGCCUUUGCAAAUGCUACAGGAUUUAACAACGAAGAAGAUGAUUGGGUUGGGGAAAGAGCAUGAUGGUUUGUACUAUUUAGUACCGGUCACCGAAGAUUUUCUUCGUGAGCGUGGUUCCAGAAUGGCAGCUGCUGCGUUGUCCUCCACUCCUGAUCUUCGGCAUAAACGCUUGGGUCACUUGUCUACUGGCCCAAUGCGUGUUUUAUCUCAAACAGUCCCUUCCAUUUCAUUUCAUUUUCAUUCUCAAUGUGAUGUGUGUCCUCUUGCCAAACAGACCAGAUUACCAUUUUCUCUAAGUUCAAUUUCAACCAAUAAACCUUUUGAGUUAAUUCAUUGCGAUAUAUGGGGUCCUCAUCGAUUACCCACUAGCUCAGGUGCUCGAUAUUUUUUGACUAUCGUAGAUGACUACUCACGUUUCACAUUGUUGUUCCUCAUAAAUCUUAA